AGACCAGAAGACGGGAACUUAUCAGAUUUGCCGGGUAAUUUCAGUACAUGUUUUUCAUCUCUGAGGGAUUUAGCGACUGCCAAAGAGGGAAUGAACAACUGAGAGUUGUGGUGGCAAAGAAAGUCACAGGGACCUUACCGGCUGCAGAAAAUAAACGGACACAAGAGAGGGGGUCACUGUAUAUGCCCGACGCUCCAAUCCAUGCAACAUACACAACAGAGGUGACAUUACAGGAUUGUCUUAAUGGGGAUUAAGGCUCACGGAAAUGGCCCUCUUUGUGUUCCCUGGCUACCAAAUGACGAGACAAAUAUACCAAUUCACACAGCACUCUGGCCCUCAAGCUACACGGCCAACUCCACCAUCUGCUCACCUUCACAACCCACUCCACCAUCUGCUCACCUUCACAACUCUUUUCAGUGUUUUGGAUUUCUUCCGCUUUGCACCCGCG